GUAAAGUUGAUGUCCAUCUACUUCAGUUAUCAUUUUUCCAUAAAUUCUUUUACUUGUAUAUGUUCAUUGAACUCUUGCUUUUUAAUACGAUAUAUAUGUUUACCUUGCAACUAUACUUACAGAAUUAAUGAAACAUAUUAAAUUAAAAUAUUUAGGCUAUUGUAAAGAAAUAUGACACAAGUAGAGAAGAAAAAGUUCAAAAGACUUUCAAGAUGUGUUAUACCUUUACAUUAUGAUAUCACAUUGCAGCCAGACCUGGAGAAGUUUGUGUUUAGUGGGAAAGAAACCAUUGAUGUAACGGUUGUAAAAGAAACAAAACAAAUCAAGCUAAAUUGUUUAGAUAUCGAUAUUUCUUCUGCAACAUACACUACUGAAGAUGGGAUAGUUCUAACACCUAAAGACAUUAAAUACAAUGAACAAUCUGAAACAGUUAAAUUUAAAUUCGAAAAUGCAUUACUAACUGGAAAGGGCAGACUUUCGAUAGAAUUCACAGGCAUCUUGAAUGAUAAACUAAAGGGUUUCUACAGAACCAAUCAAGGUGGUGCUGAAAAUAAACAGUAUGCUGCUGUUACACAUUUUGAGCCGACUGAUGCAAGACGUGCUUUUCCAUGUUGGGACGAACCAGCGUUAAAAUGCACAUUCGAUAUUACUUUAGUUGUACCUGAAGAUAAGGUGGCAUUAUCGAACAUGAAUGUAGUUGAGACUGGUGUUCAUUCAGACAACGCUUCAUUGAAAGUGGUAAAAUUUGCAACCACGCCAAAGAUGUCUACAUAUAUCAUUGCAUUUAUCGUUGGAGAUUUUGAUCAUGUUGAAAGCACAACAGACAGUGGUGUACUUGUCCGAGUGUACACUUCUGCUGGCAAAGCAAACCAAGGAAGAUUCGCGUUGGAGGUAGCAACAAGAACUCUGAUGUUUUAUGAAGACUAUUUCGGAAUCCCAUAUGGUCUGCCUAAAAUUGAUUUAAUUGGUGUGGCAGAUUUUCCAAUAGGUGCUAUGGAAAAUUGGGGACUUGUCACAUAUAGAGAACAAUACCUCCUUGUUGCUGAAGGAGCUACCGCAUCAUCUACGAAACAGUUUGUUGCUGAAAUCAUUGGACAUGAGUUAGCUCACAACUGGUUCGGAAAUUUGGUUACCAUGGAAUGGUGGACACACUUGUGGCUAAAAGAAGGUUUUGCAAAUUUCAUUGAAUAUCUUUGCGUGGACCAUUUGUAUCCUGAAUAUGAUAUUUGGAGUCAAUUUGUGACGUCACAGAAUAUCGUAGCACAAACAUUAGAUGCUUUAAGCAAUAGUCAUCCGAUUGAGGUCGCCGUUGGACAUCCAUCAGAAGUUGAAGAAAUAUUCGAUCAAAUCUCAUAUUCCAAAGGUGCUUCUGUGCUUCGGAUGUUACACCAAUACAUAGGAGCAGAGGAUUUCAAAUCUGGUCUUCAUUCAUAUCUGGAAAAAUACCAGUUCCAAAAUACUAAGACAGAGGAUUUAUGGGAACAACUUGAGAUUGUAAGUAAGAAGCCUGUUGAGCGAGUGAUGUCAACAUGGACACAGCAGUUAGGUUUUCCAGUUGUUUCAGUUAGCAGAGAAACAAUUGGAGAUGGCAAAGAGGUAUUAAAAAUAUCACAAUCUAAAUUUAGCAUUGGAGACCAGAAUGGGAAAAAAUUCCGCUGGAUGAUUCCAAUCAACAUUUGCACCGGUAAAAGUCCGGAUGAUGUCGCAAUGACCGUAUUAAUGAGUGAUCCAGAUAUGUUGAUUUAUGUUGAUAAAGCAACACCUGAAGAUUGGAUUAAGUUGAAUCCUGGCCAGACUGAUUAUUAUCGUGUGAAAUAUUCUGAAGAAAUGUUAAAGCAACUGAUACCUGCCAUCAAAUCCAAACAACUAUCCAGCAGAGACAGGCUUGGUGUGCAAAAUGAUUUGUUUGCUAUGGCAUGCGCUGGAUAUUCUCCAACAGUAGAGUACAUUCACUUGCUGAAUGCGUACAUAGAUGAGGAUGACUACACUGUGUGGACAGACAUCUUGAGCAACUUGAAAAAGUUACUGUUACUCUUUGAACGUACGAAUUCUUUUGACCAGUUUAAAUCGUUUGUUCUCACGUUGAUCACACCAAUUUCUGAAAGAAUUGGAUAUCAAAAGAAAGAAGAUGAAGGUCAGCUUAUCAGUAUGCUACGAAACUCGGUUUACACUCUACUUGGAAUGUUAGGCCACAAACACACUGUCCAGAAAUUUACAGAGAUGUUUGAUGAACACGUCCGUGAGGUGUCGGUAAUUGAUACAGAUUUGCGACAUGCUGUGUAUGCGACGGUGUGUUGCCAUGGUGACGCCGACACUUUAAAGCAUAUGAAAGAGUUGGUUAAGAAAACGGAUGUCGCGGACGAGCGCUCCAGAUUGCUGCGUAACAUGGGUAGAUUCGACUGUGAUCAAUUGAGGAAUGAUGUUCUGCAGUUUUCCAUAUCUGAAGAAGUGCGUAAUCAAGACACACUAGCCACUUUAAGUGGAUGUCUUUCCAGACAUGCAGGACAACUUCAAACAUGGAAAUUCAUCAAAGAAAAUUGGGACGUUUAUCAAGUACGAUGCGCUGGUGGACAUGCAAGGGCUAAUUUGAUUAACUACACUAUUCAGAAUUUUGCUACAACAGAAGAGCUGAAGAAUGCAGAAGAAUUUCUGAAUGCACAUCCUGUCCCCUCAGCUGAAAGAACGAUAAAACAAGCGAUGGAAACGAUUAAAAAUAAUAUUGAAUGGUUGGAAAGACUUUCUGGAGUGUGUGCGGUAUUUUAAAAAAAUUAGGAUAUCCCGUUUAUCGCAAGAACGAAUUAAGUAAGACAAUCUCUACAGCUUUUUGAUUGCCUUAAUUUGUACUAAUUUGCGCGCGUAUUAUUUUUGCGCAAGCU